GUCUGCCAUGACAAGCCACGAAAAAAAUCCAGCGGACUUGGAGGAACGCUUGUCGUACAUCCACUCGAAGACGUCCAAAGACGUUGAUGGGUACACCGAAGCGAAAUCUCCCAGGGACCUUGAAGGGGGGGUGUUGGCCGAAGGGGGAGCACUGGACUUGUUCUCCCGCGAAGCAUUUGCCCUGUAUAUACAGUACGGCGCCGUCGGGGUCAUGUACGGCAUACUGCCGGCGCUCCGAUAUCCCAUCUUCAACAUCUACCUCAACUUGGAGGGGUUCCAAACAUCAGCAUACAGGGUGUUGAUUGUGAUCGGGUGGUCAUUCAAGGUAUUCUAUGGCUUGUUGUCGGAUUGCGUCCCCAUCUGUGGCUACCGUCGCAAGUCGUGGAUCUUGAUCGGGUGGACCGUCACGAUGAUCUGUCUGAGUGUGAUGACGUUUUCGUCGUUCGGCGAGCCGUUUUGCAACCGCGAAAAGACCAAGUUUUGCGGCACGCCGUUGGAAAAGGUGCCCAAGUCCGAGCUGCAGUACUUUAACUUGGCAGCCCCCGACAACGGCACGCUGUUCAUCCUUCUGUCCAUGUUUAUCGCGUUUGGAUACGUCUUGUCUGCGUCUGCGUCGGACGCGAUGGUGGUCGAGUACGCCCAGCGAGAACCCGUGGCCAUCCGCGGCCGCAUCCAGACCGCCAUCUACACCGUGCGCGAGCUCAGCGGCAUCUUCUCGUACUUGUUGUCUGGGUUAGCACUGAACGGCCCCAACUACGCCGGGUCGUUUUCGUUUGCGUUGUCGCCGAAUGCUCCGUAUGGCAUUGUAUUGGUGCCGUGCGUGCUUGUGGUGCUCUCAACGGUAUUCCUCCUCGUGGAGAAGAAGACUGAGCCUUCGUGCUUAACCCAAUGGUUGAGCACGUUUUGGAAAUCUCUCCAGAGUCGCGUGAUGUGGCAAAUCUGUUUGUUCCGAUUCCUGAGCAACGUGUUUCAUGGCGUCAGCACCACUGCGACGUUGCCCAUCUCGUCGCACUGGGCGAAGGUGGAGCCCCUCAACGAUGCGCUCUCGAACAUCAUUGGCAAUGUUCUGUUCGCUGGCAUUCUGGUGAUUGUGGCCAAGUGGGGGCUUCACUGGAACUGGCGCUGGACCAUCGCCGCCGGCACCCUCGGGAUGAUCGUCAUCGACGGCUUUGUCGCGUACAUGACCAUAUGGGACGUCGUGCGCAACCAGUGGUUCUUUACGGGCGUGGCAUUGGCCGAAAACGUUCCCCAAGGCCUUCGCUUCAUCGUGUCCACGUAUGUGGCCGUGGAGAUCGCCGACAAGGGCAACGAAGGCGCCACGUACGGCCUCGUGUCCACUGUGAGCAACCUCGCGUCGCCCUUUGCCAGCAUCUUUUACAAGUACGUCAACUCGUACUUCAAAGUAAGUCAGAACGACGUCAAGUCCGACACGCUCGAGGUGCGGUGGGACGUCGCGUACGUGCACAUGAUUAUGUACGGGUUCAAAGUGGCGUCAUUGUUUUGGCUGUUUUUGCUGCCUCCCCAAAAGGCGGAAAUUCAGGCGUUGAAGGCCCAAGGUGGCAAGAGCAAGGUGGCGGGGGUGCUCCUCGUGGUCAUUUUUCUCUUCUGCUUGUCGUUCGCCGUGUCCAGUAACAUAAUGUCCAUCUUCCCCUCCACCAAGUGCUUGCGCAUCGCAGGGGGCAACGGAGUGUUGGACCCGAAGACGGGCAAGUGCCCCGUCAAGUAG